AGAUUUCCUAGGGUACUUUCGCCUAUAAUGGAGACUGAACAACGCGAAGGCGCCUUACAGAAUAGUAUCUCGACUCCAGAGGAGCUAUUCAGACGCUUUGGAAACCCGCAUGUCCUUGAUGAUCUUAUUCGACUGCGAGCAGCAGAUGAAACUCAACAGCCUGUUCUCGCGCGUCCAAGUUUUGAAAAAGAUCCUGCAUCAUACGAGUAUUUCACUGGACAGGAUCUGGAUGCAAUGAUUGACCAGGCCGCCCAAAUUCUGAUAAACCAAGGCCUUAGACCACUACAGAAUGAUUAUAAAUCCGUUGUGGCGCUGCUCGCACCUUCAGAUCUAAAUAUGGUUAUCACAUUAUUUGCCCUCAGUCGGCUGGGAUAUGCCAUCAUGCUAUUGUCUACUCGUCUCUCCGCCGCCGCUUGUGUUUCUCUGCUUGAUGUUGUUGGUUGUGACACCAUUCUCUACGCACAGUAUCCCACUAUCCGAACGACUAUAGAUGAGGCAUCAAGGUUGAAGGUGAUUGUAUGUCGCUCUAUAAUCCAAAAAGAGUCUCUAAGCCAAGCACAAGUCUCACCAUCCGUUUCGGUGCCGAAAAGAAGCCGUCCUCACGAAGAACAAGAAAACAGUACUGCGAUCAUAAUGCAUUCGUCUGGAUCAACAGGAUUCCCAAAGCCUAUCUUCCUCACCCAUAAAGUGCUGAAGAUUUUUAUGACACGGGGAUCAGAAAUGACGGCGUUCAUCCCACUCCCCUGGUUCCAUUCAUUCGGUAUCUGCAAAUACCUACCAACUAUGUACAUGAGAAAGACGGCAUUCAUGUGGAAUGUCUCACUACCCCUGACUGCUGGAGGUCUGGUUUCAGCCAUAGAAGAAGCGAAGCCAGAAUCUGUACACGCGGUUCCGUAUAUACUGCAAAUGUUGUCAGACGAUCCACGCGGUGUUAAAUUGCUUCAAAGAUGCAAGCUCGUCACGUACGGCGGCGCUGCCUGUCCCGAUGAGUUGGGCGACCGAUUGGUGCGUGAGGGAGUGUCACUCGGUGUCCAGUUUGGCUCAACCGAAUCAGGCACUGUUGCAGAUUCCUUCUCCCGCCCAAAAGAUGAUCCACACUGGAAUUAUUUGCGAUUCGACGAUGGCUUGCAACAAUUUAUAUGGAUGAAGCCAAUUGGAAAUACCCUUUAUGAAGCCGUCUACUUGGCUGGCCUUCCAGCGUUAAGUUUGACAAAUUCUGACGAUCCCCCAGGAUCUUAUCAUUCCCGUGACGUCUUCGAAUCACAUCCAACCAUCCCCGGUCGAUGGAAGUAUAUCAGCAGACUUGACGACCGUAUCACGUUGGUUAACGGCGAGAAGGUCCUUCCUCUGCCUAUCGAGGGUACUAUUAAGCAGAAUCCACUGGUUCAGGAAGCCGUUGUGGUUGGAGUUGGGAAGGCCAUUCCUGGGUUGCUCGUUUUUCGUUCUGAGGAGUCCAAGGGUCUUUCUGACGAGGAAUAUUUUGACUCCAUAUGGCCAACGAUUCAAAAUGCGAAUUCCAGAGCCGAGAAAUACUCACAGGUUACUCGUAGCAUGGUCACCAUCCUGUCUCAUGAUGCUCCGUGUCCACGGACAGACAAGGGCUCGAUUAUCCGUGUACAGGUGUACAUGAAACAUGCCGAGGUAAUAGAAAACAUGUAUACCAGUCUCGAUAAGGGCGAAGGCGGUACGCUCGAGCUGGACAUUCCGGCCACGGAAGCCCACCUGAUGAAACUUUGUCAGGAGGAGGUUGGGCUUUCGAUCUCAGAUGCAGAUAUCGAUCUUUUCAAUGCCGGGGUCGACAGUUUGAAGGCCAUUCACUUGCGACGCUUGAUUCUUAGAGACUUUAAAGUUGCGAAUAGCAGUGCUAUUAGCCAUAAUGUUGUUUUCGAAACGGGGAGCAUUGCUCGCCUCGCAACGCAUAUUUGUGCUGUGCAGAGCGGACGACAGACGGAUGCUCAAGAUGAAGUCUCGCAGAUGCCCCAGUUGAUCGAGAAGUAUUCUUUGUUCAGUCAGCAUACUCCGAGUUUGGAGUCUGUUAUAGAGAAGAGCGUGAUCCUAACCGGUGCCACCGGCUCCAUUGGAGCGCAUAUCCUAGUAACUCUUUUGGAAGACGACAGUAUUUCGAAAAUAUACUGCCUCACACGCAGAACCAGCCCCAAAGACGCAAUCCUAAAUACCCUAUCUCAAAAAGACCUACUAGUCCCAGCCUCCAAAGCCCAGAAGAUAAUCGCCCUGAACAGCGCCCUCGACAAAACUAACCUAGGCAUUGACGAAGACACAUUUCACAAAAUGCAACAAUCAGUCUCCCUCAUCAUCCAUAGCGCAUGGCCUGUCAAUUUCAAUCUCCCAUUAUCCGCCUUUGAACCACACAUCAAAGGCCUCCACAACCUCACCCAAUUCUCUUUAUCAGUCGACCAACCCAGCCCCGCGGUACUAUUAUUCUGCUCAUCCAUCUCAACAACACUAGGCUCAUCAUCCUGUGAAAUUCAAGAGAAGCCAAUGUCCGAUCUUCACAGUGCCUCAGGAAUAGGCUACGGACGAUCGAAGCUCAUAGGCGAGCAUAUCAUCAGCAACGCCAGGAAGUCAGGCGCGAGGGCUUAUACACUACGCAUUGGACAAGUCUCGGGGCAUUCUGAGAAGGGUCUUUGGAAUGACUCUGAGGCUAUUCCGUUGAUGAUUCGGUCUGCAGUUACGUUGGGGGCUCUUCCGGAGUUGGAUGUGGAGUGUUCUUGGUUGCCGGUUGAUGUACUCGCGAGGGGUAUUGUUGAGAUUGCUGGGACUUGUGGGUGUAUAUCGCGGCCUCAUUCACCGCGGAGCGAUAGUAGUGGUGGCUCGUCUUAUUCGAUAAUUGAGGAUGAGGAUGAUGUCGUUUACAACCUGUGCAAUCCGCACACAUUUGCCUGGUCAUCUCUCCUCGCGACACUCCGGGAGAAUGGCCUCGAGUUCGAAACAGUGACGUUUCAGACCUGGCUCCAGCUGCUACGGGACAGUGAAGCACGUGGUGAAGAGCUGGUUAAUCCCGCUGUAAAAUUGACAGCGCAUUACGAGGCAACGUAUAGCAACACAUCGGGAUAUGAGCAUCAGGAAAAGAAGUUUCUCACUGGAAAAUCUGCGAGGGAUAGUAUGAUUUUGCGGGAGGGUCCGUUGAAGAUCAUUGAGGAUGGGGUUUUGAGGUGUUAUGCGAGAGAUUGGUUAAGGAGGUGGAAGUAGGAAGAUAAUAUUCUCUGUGUGUGCGCACAUUAGUUUGGUUCCUGGUACCAUCUAGGUUAUAGUUUGAAUUCUAGAAUAGCCAAAAUUCAAAAACCAAUCUGUACCCAGG